AUGGCUCUUGCGACUCUUGGCAUAAUCUCGAUCGGAGACAUGGGUCUGGGUAUAGCUCGAUUAGCAAUUGCCAACAACUACAAAGUAAUCACGAAUGCCUCUGAUCGAAGCCAGGCAACUCAAGAUCGCGCAAAGCGUAACUUCGUCCAGCUCGUCGACACAGAUGUAGACCUAUGCAACAAAGCGGACUAUGUACUGUCCAUCGUGCCGCCACGAAACGCCAUCGCAACAGCCCAACGAAUCGCCAAAGCAGCUAUGAAGCCGGACUUUAAGGCCCGUUCGAACCCGCUUUACUUUCUUGACCUAAAUGCCAUCAGCCCCAAAUCCUCCCGCGAGAUUGACUCCCUCUUCACCCAAUCUUCGCAAAUCCGUUUCAUCGACGGCGGCAUCAUCGGCGGCCCACCGAACCUGAAAGACGACGGAACAUGGUCCAAACCCUCCAUUCCCCUCUCAGGCCCCCACAGCCUCUCCUCAGCCCAACCCUCUGGCGAACACCUCGCACAAAUCCUUAACAUGCGCCACAUCAACAACACCAUCGGCUCCGCCACCGGCCUCAAAAUGUGCUUCGCCUCCCUCUCCAAAGGCUUCGCAGCCCUAGCGAUCCAAUCCUUCACAACCGCCCAAAACCUCGGCGUCCUCGACGAGCUCAGAACACACCUGGAUGAAUACGCCCCGGGCAAUAGGGCCAGAGCCGAGAAAGGCCUGACAGGCAUGCCCCCGAAAGCGUACCGCUGGGUGGCUGAGAUGGAGGAGAUCGCGGCGACGUUUGAAGCAGAUGGUGGGUUCAAUGCGGACGAGAGCAUUUUCAGGAGCAUCGCGAGGGUGUACGAUUUCGUGGCGAAUGGAACGGAGUUGGGGAAGGAGACGAUGGAGAAUCGGUCGAGGGGGACGACGGCGGACGAUGUGGCGAGGCUGAUGGCGGAGGGAGCGGAGAGGAGGAAGGUGAAGACGGAUUAG